AAAUAAAUAAUGUAUAAAUAAACGUACAUCUUAUAAAAGGACAUUGUUCUUGUUUUCUAAAAAGUUUCCGAAAAUUUCAAUAGAACAAUAAAAAAGAAAACAAUAAAAUAGAAAUAAAUCAUUUAUUUGCAAUUUAUUUAAAAUUUAAUUAAUAAGAUGCUUCCGGAACCUGCAACGUUUGCCAUAAGUUUAGCAAUUUACGGUGCCAUACUAUUAUUGUUAAUUUACUAUGUUUUAAAUUUAGCCGAUUUAGAAUGUGAUUAUAUCAAUGCUCAAGAGUGUUGUGCUCGUUUAAAUUUCUGGGUUAUACCAAAAUUCGGUUCUCAUUUAAUACUUUGUGGGCUAUUAUUGGUCGACGGGCAUUGGUUGCUGCUGCUAAUCAAUAUUCCGAUGGUUUUUUGGUUAGGCUAUGAACUGCAUAAACAACCAAGAGAUAGUUUAGGUAUUUACGAUCCCGUGGAUAUACAUAGUCGAGGUUUAUUAAAAGUCCAUUUACGGAAUACAAUGAUCUAUUUGGGCUAUUAUUUCAUAAUGUUCUUCAUCGCUUUGUAUUACAUGAUGGCCGCUUUACUAAAAGGUGAUCCAAUAAAACGUCAUGAAGGAGAUGAAAUUGUUACCGAUUUUUAAGUUAUAUCCUCUUUUUUCUUCGUUAUAAUCUGUAAUUGCUAUUAUAAUCAAUGUUUAUCUUCCGUUCAACAAAGCAUCAACGAAGCACAUCAUCAUAUUAUCAUUUACCUAGUCUUCAAGUAAAUUAUGUAUGCCCAUUAAUAGAAUUUAUUAU